AUGAGAGUCAGGCGGAGUUUAGACGUGAGGCUGAUAGCCUUGUGUACCACUUGGAUACUUGUUCCUGCAAUCGCUUGUCCUACUCAAUGUAUAUGCAAAUGGAAGAACGGUAAGCGAUACGUCGAAUGCACGGAUAAACUCCUUAAAGCCAUACCGAACUCACUAGACUCCGAAACUCAAGUAUUAGAUUUCACCGGCAAUGAUUUGCAAGUUUUACAAAAGGAAGCAUUCCACAAACUCGGACUAUUGGACCUACAGAAAAUUUAUCUCCAGAGAUGUCGGUUGCAGAAAAUCGAUAACCACGCCUUUAGGGGCCUCGCGAAUCUAGUUGAGUUGGAUCUCUCCAAUAAUUAUAUUACCGUCAUCCCAUCGGCUAACUUUGUCUUUUUUCCGUCUCUAAUGAGGCUAUCUCUGAACAACAAUCCUAUAACAGGUAUACGGACACAUUGUUUUCAACAUCUAUCUUAUUUGAAUACAUUGGAACUGAGCAACUGUAAAAUCGAGAAUAUUGAACAUGAAGCGUUUUCCGGGUUAAAGCAUUUAGAAUGGCUGAGGCUGAAUGGUAAUAGGUUAUCAAAUAUUCAAGGAGAUAAUUUGUUUCCGGAUACGUUGCGGGGGAUCGAUUUGGAAAACAAUAAUUGGAAUUGCGAUUGUAAUUUGAGAGAUUUACAUAGUUGGUUAUCGAAUUUCAAUAUGCCACAUGCCGUUGAACCCAUUUGCUCGUUACCGGACCGCUUGAAAAAACGAACUAUCACAAGUGUAAAUGAAUUUGAUUUGGCUUGCUUACCCAAACUAUCACCUACGUCAGUAUAUCUAGAAACGAAUGUCGGGAAUAACGUGUCUCUUGAAUGUAUUGUCAAGGCCGUGCCGGAGGCCAAAAUACAGUGGUUCUAUCAAGGACAACUUAUUCGAAAUUAUUCAACGUCCGCCGCGGCGCCUCAUCACGUAUUUUACGUAGAAAACGGAGUUAUAGAUAAAAAAAGCGAGCUGUACAUAUUCAAUAUUGGGAACGACGAUAACGGCACAUAUGCGUGUAUUGCUGAGAACUCCGCCGGAAGGGUUCGUGCAAACUACACUAUUAAAAUUCUUGUGAAAGAAGAGCCUGUCGUUAUUGUGGUCACGUUUCCUCACAGGCAUUUAGUAGUGAUAAUAACUGUCAUUUUUCUAAUAAUCGUUUUAUUAAUAGCUAUAAUAGCAGUCGUUCUAUUAAAAUUCAAAACGGAUACGAGGAGUCGAAAGAAAAAAGAAAGCGGAAAAGACGUAGCGUUGUGUAACCAAAUUUUACCGUCGAGUCGAAGUAACGGCUCUUUGCCUAAGAACAAUGGGAGCGUUAUAGUAAACGCCCAUUCGCAUCAUGCUUUGCAUUACACUGUGCAGACAAAUAGAGAUUACGAGUCGAGCGAUGCAUACCAGAGCAAUAACAUGAAAGGCUUUGUCGACAGAAAUCCUGACCUAAUUAGCGACGCGGAAACCGUCGCUAAUAACGCGCAAAAUGAGAACACUGCGCUAUCUGUAUACAAGACACAAACUGCUAACGACACUUUUGAGGAAGAGACCGCAUUUACCGCCUCCACCGUACCUCGGCAAGUCACGUGGCAGGAUCAACAAAAUUUAACUAGCAUGCCUCCCAUGAGCAUGCCGCCUAAUGCAAUGUACCAGCACUCUGCCGAUGUGCACCUCAAUCCUGGCUGUUUCUUAGAUAGCGAAGGGUACCCAUAUGAUUAUGGCCUUCCAAAACACCCUUGUCGGCCACCAAUAAUGUCAAACUACUCAGUUGUCGGCCCAUUUUAUCAAACGUUACCGCAUAACAGGCCGAAAGGACAAAAACUAGUUUGUAAAUUCGCGAAAGAUAACGAGUUUAACGCUACGCCACCGGCUUGUCCCAAUUUCGAAGUGUUCAACGGAACGAACGUGAGGCGCACGCUGGAAGGGUAUCCGGUGCCUAGGAAUCGUCAAAUUGCCUUCGUAGGAAACGGAACUGUUUAUUAUAAUGAAGAAUUCGUACCAUCACCGCCAGAAGGGUACAAAACCGAACCAGUGCAAUGCUGUGCACCCACAGAAACCUGUGCAAAUUGGAACCCUAAAGGAACGUGUGCGGUCAUGGUCCCCAUCGGGAUGCCGGAAGGUCCAGGUCGAUGUUACCAGGUGGAAACCAGAUGUGUAGACACACAAACAACUGAUGCUCGGAUUCCGGGUGAAGGCACCGAAAAUGUGUUGAAACCACUGCCACAAGUCUCUAAUGCCAAAUGUGCUUCGGAUAUAUGUUCUGAGAGCCCUGACGAGGGGUACGUUGGAGACGCCAACGACAUC